GCCUCAGCCUCCAGGCCGUGUCAACGUGUUAUGAUGCCGUCUCGCACAAACCUGGCUGCUGGGAUUCCCAGUAGUAAAGUGAAAUACUCAAGACUUUCCACAGAUGAUGGCUACAUUGACCUUCAGUUUAAGAAAAGCCCACCUAAGAUCCCUUACAAAGCCAUUGCCCUUGCCACUGUGCUCUUCUUGAUCAGCGCCUUUCUCAUCAUCAUCGGCUCCCUCCUGCUGACAGGCUACAUCAGCAAAGGGGGGGCAGACCGGGCCGUUCCCGUGCUGAUCAUCGGCAUCCUAGUGUUUCUGCCGGGCUUCUACCACCUGUGCAUCGCCUACUAUGCGUCCAAAGGUUACCAGGGCUACUCCUAUGACGACAUCCCAGACUUCGAUGACUAG